UUCUUAUCGUUCAUAAUAAUGUGCUCAUAUGUUAAAUUUUUAAAUUACCCUCGUAUAGUUGAUGUGAAAUCACCGAACACAUGCAUAAUUUCAGAUCUCAUUUCAUAUUAUCCCCUCCAUGGGAUUUCCCCUCUCUUCAUCUAAUUUUUAAUGAGGGAAGGAUGUGUUGGGGUUAUGGCCGGGGCGUGGGAAAAUAUCUUGUGGGAAAGAGUGGGUGGCCAAACAUUUAUUUGAUUUGGUACAACAAUAAUUUAAAAGGAGAUUACCUCCGCCUUCAUCUGAAACCAUAAAAUCAUUCGUCUGAAAUGGUGAGAAUCCAUGAUUGACCAAAGACUAGAAGGACGUAUGUCUGUUCUUUCAUGUCUCGUUUACAGACCGUGGGAAAAUUUUGAUUUAUAAGGUGUUUUCGUUUUUUAAGAAAUUUCGUAGGUAAAACGUGUUGAUAAUGGGUGUUCAUGGUCUGUGGAAGCUUAUCGAGUCGUCUGGGAAACCAAUUCCGAUCGAGACACUCGAAAAUAAAGUUCUAGCCGUAGAUGUUUCUAUUUGGCUACAUCAAGCCAUUAAAGGAUUCCAGGAUAAUAAGGGGGCACCGGUAGCGAAUGCACAUUUAUUGGGGAUUUAUCAUCGAGUUUGUAAACUAUUGUAUUUUAAGAUAAAACCAGUAUUUGUUUUCGAUGGAGGAGUACCAGCUCUCAAGAGACAAACUAUUGCAAAAAGAAAUCAACUUAAAUCACGACAUGCCUCUGAAGCUGACAGACUCCAAAAACAACUUCUAAAUACACUUUUAAAACACAGCGCAAUAAGUAAAGUACUAGGUGAAAAAGCAAAAGCUUCUAUGCCCAUAUCAAAAAAAUCAUCUGAUAAAUUUGAUAACCUCUAUGCCCUCCCAUCUUCAACAGAAUUCGAUUCCACUUUAUCAUCAUCUGAAGAUGAGGACACAGAAGAAACCACUGAUAGUACAACUACAGAUUCUAGCCCUACUAAACAAUGGGAUUUGCACACUAUAGACACAACUAGCAUUUAUUUCAAAUCAUUGCCUUUAGAAGUUAAACAUGAGAUUCUAACAGAUUUAAAAGACACUAGGAAGCAAAAUACGUGGGCUAAAUUACAUCUCUUUCCUAAACAAAGUGAUGAUUUUUCUUCUUACCAAAUGAAGAGGCUUUUAAAAAGACAAGAAGUCCAAUCUGCCUUAGAAGAUGUUUCAAAAGAAAUGGGUGGAAUGUCUUUGUCCCUAGCUGAAUUAGAAUCUUUGUUGAACGAUCAGGGUGUUAAGACCACCAAUGACAGUAAUAUAGGAAAGAGAAUAGCUUCAGAUGAAAACACUAGAUAUUUGUAUAUUAAGAAUCUUCAGGAGGAAUUAAAAAAUGCGGAAGAAAAGGAGCAGAUAAAGAAUCUCACAAACAUUGAUGAAGAGGAGGAAUUAAAAAAAGCAAUUCAGCUUUCUCUUGAAGAAGCUCCAGAUACAAUAAAAACUGGAGUAUUAGAAUCAAAGAAAAAGACCAAAGCAGACAUGGAAGAGGAGGAAGAACUGCAGAAAGCAAUACAAUUGAGCCUUGAAGAGACACCUUCAACAUCUGUAGGACCUAAAUUGUCAGAAUUCUCAUUUUUAAGUAAUUUUAACGAUGCUGACUUCAAAUCUGACUCUGAUGAAGAUUUGGUUGAAGAAACUAAAACUAGUAAACCAAAUUUAAAGAAGCUUUCGUCUGCCGAAAGUUAUAUGUUGGAAUAUAGUGGAUUAACACGUAAUGAAAUUGAUAAAAUUAUUAGUAAAAGUGCUAAUAAAAUUUCAAUUCAAAAAUCUGCAGUUGAAACAUUACCCAAAGACAUUUCAAAUAAGGAUGCUUCCAAAGACGUAGCAGAAGCAACAGUUACAAUUAAUUUAGAAGAAGAAAAACCAGAGGAAGAUCUUCAAAAUAAACAGAGUAGCAGAGUAUUGGAAGUGAUAGCAGAAGAAGAAACUGAAGAUAUAAAAUGUGCUGGUGAAGUAGAGAUUAUGUCAGACAGUGAUGAAUCCAGUAGCAAUGAAAUUGAACUUCCCAAAUCUAAACUUAACUUAGAAAUUAUCAUAGAUCCUAAUAAAAAAGAUGAUGAUGGUGAUGAUUUAUUUGGUGAUAUAUUUGAAAAGGAUACUAAUACCGAAAAUAUUGAUAAUACAAAAGAAGUGCCUGUUUUAAAUAAACCUAUAGAAAUUAUUAUUAAUCCAAAUAAGAGUGAUACUGAUAAUGAUGAUCUCUUUGGUGAUAUUUUCAUUAAAGACAAACUUACUGAAAAUAAAGAAGACCAUCAAAAAGCUUCAACAUCUGAUGGCUUAAAUGAAAACGGCCCUGGAAAAAUUGAAACUGUUAAAGACAAUAUUACUAUUGCAAAACAAAAAAUUGUUAGUAUACAAAAAAAUGAAGAUAUAGUAAUAAAUAAGAGUUCUAAAGAAACUGCAGUACCAAAAAUAAGUAGAAAAGAGAUGGAAGAGUUGCAAGAAAAUCUUCAGAAAGAAAAAGUAGAUCUUUUAAAAGAAAAAUCAACCAAAGAAAGACUAGCAAACAAUAUCACAGAUCAAAUGUAUCAAGAAGCGCAAGAAUUGCUGGAACUUUUCGGCGUUCCUUACAUCAUCGCCCCGAUGGAAGCAGAGGCACAAUGCGCAUUUUUAGACGAAAAUGAACUUACUAAUGGCUCGAUAACUGACGAUAGCGAUAUUUGGCUUUUCGGAGGUCGAACCGUUUAUAAAAACUUUUUCAACCAAAGCAAAUACGUAAUGGAAUUCAAAUCCGAAAAUAUUGAACAUCACUUUAAAUUAACCAGGCAACAAAUGAUAUUAUUAGCUUUGCUGGUGGGUAGUGAUUACACCACCGGUAUACAGGGUGUCGGACCUGUCACAGCUUUAGAGAUACUAGCCAGCUUUCCCCCAGCGCAAUCUAAAGAAUUUAAACUAACCCAUCAUCAGUUAGUAACAGGUUUAAAAGAAUUUAAAUCAUGGUUUAUGAAAGGUAAAGCGCCAGGACCCGGUCGUUCAGGACUCAAAAGCAAAUUAAAAAAUAUUGCAUUUGCUGAUGGCUUCCCUAAUUCACAAGUGGUUGAAGCUUACCUAGAACCAAAAGUGGAUUCUAACAAAGAUACGUUUUCUUGGUCUAAACCCGAUGUUACCGGUCUUACGGUAUUUGCUACAGAAAAAUUUGGUUGGACCAUGAAAAAGACGGAAGAAAUCCUCAAUCCAGUUAUCAAAAAAAUAGAGGAAAACCAAACGCAAAAAACUAUCAAAGAUUAUUUUAAAACGAAAUUUAAAAUCAAUCCUGUCGAUUUAGAAGGAAAAGUAAGUAAAAGAGUUAAGACUGCUAUUGAUAAAAUUGGAAAAACCCCAGAUGAACUUAUUGCCGACGAGAUGGCUGAAUUAGAAAAAGAAAAGGAAAGGGAAAUAAGGAAAACCAAGGGAGGUGGAAGUAAAAAAUCCAAUUCAACAAGAAAUAAAAGAAAGGCUGUUAAUGAUGCUAGUGAUAAAAAUCAGGAAGAAAUUGAUUCACAGAUGACUGAAAAUGCAGGGAAUAGUUUGGGAGAAAAAUUAAAAGAUACAACACAAGAUAAACCGAAAGUUUUAAACAGACGAAGAAACGCAUCAACGAAGAAAAAUAUUGAGAAAGAUUUAAAAGAAGACGCUAACAAUGAAGCACCACCAAAAAGAUCGAGAAAGAAAAAAGAAACUAAUGAAAUCAAUACAUCUAAAUCUUUAGAAGAAAUGGACAAUGUAAAAGAUUAUGAAAACCUGGCGGUAGAAUUAAAAACUAGAAGAAAGAGGCGGAAUGAGUUAAUGAAGAUUAAAAUCGAAGAUCUUACUAAGAAAAAACCUAAAAUUCAACCACCCACAGAAAAUAUACCAAAAGAGCUAGCAGAAGAUGCCGAAAUUAAAUUAUUGGAGGCCACAACGUCUCAAUCUAAUAAACGAAUUGAAGAAAUCAAAAACGAAGUAUUACAUAGUUUAGAAAAACCGGUAGUUAAAAAAAAUGUACCAAUACCCACCACUUCUUUUCACACAAAAGAAGUUAUACAUCAAAAAUUAAGAGAUAAAUCGGAUGUGUUGAGAAACAAAUUAAAAGCCAUAGAAGUCUAUAGAAAAUCGACAAAAGGUCCUGGGUACGUUCCUAAAAGGGCUAAAAAAGUGGCAGCGCCUAAGGAAGAUGCUGGUUUAUCUGAAGAUAGUGAUUAGUGUUACUUUUUAUGUAUUUUGAACUAUUUCACUCAUAUAUUUUUGCCUGAUUAAUAUAACUUUUUAUUUUUAAUAUAUUUUGUACAAUUUCACUAAUAUAUUUUUGCCUGUUGCGUUA